UCACCCUCUGAAUGUCUGGCCGAUAGGGCAGUGCUCUUACAUUUACCCGAAGAUCAGUUGACUUUAACGGCGCUGACGGAGGACUCGGGCGCCGACGACGAGCAUCCGAACGACGGCAUUGAGUCGUAUAUCGUUUGCGCCAAAAAGCUAUUGAGUAAAGACACGAAGUUUGGGCCCUUUAAGGCAGAGAUAGUGAGCCCGAGAGCUGACACCCGAUCCCCGCCACCAGACGAGUGCAAUAAAGUUGUCAAUCGUUGCCCCAAAAGCGAUGUUAACGACGACUCCACAGGAAUGACGGUUCGCCUCAAAGAAGAGUCCGGCGAAUGGCUUAAAAUACUCAGAACUGUUGAUAAGGAUAGGGAACCAAAUGCCACCGUCCGGUGCGAAGACGACGAAGAAGAAGAGCUGGAAGUCGACGACGACUAUACGCUGAGCGCACACCAGACCUACUAUUGCGUGAAUCGUGCGAACAAUGGCCGCACGCGGAACGACACCAAAGGCCACGGCGUUUGGCCGCACAGGGAAUCCAAGGGUGGGGUUCGGACCACAGAUAAUACCAAUUAUAUAAUAAGUGCCGAUAAUGGCGUUAAUCAGAGAAAUGCAUCGAUUUAUACAAAUGAUAUGUCAAGUCAUGAUAGCGGGGAAGUGACUGAGUCUUCGUCACCGGAAGACAGUCGCCGCCAUAAGAGGCCGGAUGUGACCCGCGCUGGCGGUCAGCACUCGGAGUCCAAGUCAAGUGAUGCGAAACUAGUGAGACAUAUGAAUGGCAGACAACAGCAUAUCAUUGAUAGCGAGAUCCAGUCGGAAGACGAACAGUCAGACAAAGCGCCAAAACUCGAUUCUCGCGGCCAUAACAACGAUAGCGGAACCGCUCUGGCGAUGGGCACCGGCGGAGGCAAAGUCACGCCAACCUCUGGUGUCGCCAAAUACAGCAAAACUGGAAACGUUUACAGUUGUAAGACAUGCGGUUAUGACACCGAUAAGAAGGCCCUCCUCUUAAAACAUAUCAAGUCAUUGCACCCAUCGCUGGCACUGCCAGCCGGACAGUCACCACCACUACCCGCACCACACCAUCACAUCAACAACAAUACCAUUACUAACAACAUCGGAGCCAAACAUACCAACAGCCAUAUGGCGGGCCUCACGACCACCGAUGAGAGCGACGACAACGAGUAUCACCACUCGUCUGCACCGCAGGACAGAUACUGUACUAAUUGUGACAUUCAAUUCAAUUCGUACAACACUUAUAAGGUGCACAAAGAUCUGUACUGUGGAGGUCGGCAUAACCCUAAAUAUUCAUCGCCGACAUCUAUGACGACAGGCGCGGCGCCGACGGCCGCCACCCGUAAACGAUCUCAUAAUAGCGAAACGGAUGGCUACACGUCGGGCACUGCGGCCGGCGCUGGGAGUCAACGCUUGGCCAACAAUACGGCCGCAAACUUUUCCAAACUGAUCGCCGCGAAUGGCGUGCCGUUUAUUAUGCCAUCGAUGGCCGCCGCGACCGCCGCAGCCGUCGGUGCUAUCGGUGGCGCCGCCAACGCCGCCCCACUUCUAAGUCAACCCGUGUAUAUCGCCAUAUCGACCAAUCCACUAAUAUUAGUACCAUGCUCAUAUAACACAACACAGGGCGGUCUCAUCGCGCCCAACAUUACCGCAAUGGGAACCCCAUUCACAGUACCCACGGAUGUCCUGUCGGCCAACAGUUUAAUCUCAUCGCUCAACACGUCUAUAGCGGCCGCCAAUACGAGUCCAUCGGAAGCCCAUAAUAAGACACGACAACCGAAGACCACUUCACCCGCGAAGACACACAAUAACCAGUCGUCGGCCGACGAACAGCCCCUCGACCUCAGCUCCAAAUACACCAAAAGCCGACCCAAUAAUGACGACAAUAAUGCGGCCAAACGUAGUAAACACCACAGACUGACGGACGCGGACUCAAUGGACGAGUGCAACACCCGAUCCACGUGUUCGCCGCCGCCUGUAGUGAACCCGGAGCUGUCGGCUCUGAUGGGAUCGGCUGCUGGCGCUCUGCCGACUGUCGAUGUUGUGGUCAAACAGGGAAAGAGUCGCUGCAAUGAGUGUAAUAUCGUCUUCUAUAAGCACGAGAACUAUUUGGUCCACAAACGGCUGUAUUGCGCGUCCAGACGUAUGGACAGCACCGGGAGUUCGCCCGAACACAUGGCCGACGAGUCCCACAAUAGCUCACCGGAGCUCCAGAAUGACACCAAGUCUGCGGCAAACGCUCACCCGUACUCCACGGCCAACAGGUCAUCGCCGGCCCGAUCAACGACCACCACAUCGCCGGCGCCCUCCCCUCCCAACCCUCAGCCCCCGGUAUUUCAGUUCUAUUGUGUCGCCUGUGGUAUUAAAUUCACGUCUCUGGACAACCUUCACGCCCACCAAACCUACUACUGUCUCAAACGUAAUGUCAUUCCCGGCUCCGCCGCCAACGCCGACGCCCUGAGCGAGGGUUUGGCCGACUUUGCACUGCCCAACACUGAACCACACAAUGAGUUUCAUUGCGCCAAAUGUAAGGCCACUUACGUUAAUGAGGAGACACUGUUAGCGCACGUCUGUUCAGAUUUAGUUAUCCAUCAAAACAAUACAUAUAAUCAUAAUUCUGGCCAAAAGUCGGGCGCUCUAACCAUGCAGUGCUUCAAAUGCACGAUUUGCGGCUAUAAAGGCCAUACAUUGCGCGGAAUGCGGACACACGUGCGCAUACAUGCGGACAAACUGCACGGCGUGUCCGAAGAGACGUUCAUCGCCUGCAUAGACGAAGACAUACCCAAUCGAGGGGUGAGAGGGACGGCCGGAUCCCGUCGGCGACGUUCUGUGGAUCCGCAACCGGCGGCCCAAACGGUCAACAAUUGUGUGACAAUUCAGUCCCAAUCGCAGGCCAGCAACGCGUCGGUCGCCUCGAGUAACGACACCCGACUGAGCGAAGCCGAGGACAACGGAGCCAACUGUACGGACAGCGAGUUGGGGGUGAAAGUGGAGCUCAAGAAUGGGGACAAAAGCUCGCCAUUGGGCGCCCAGUCGUCGUCGGAGAUGACCCACAACUGCCAGUUCUGCUACUAUUCGAGCACUUAUAAGGGAAACGUUGUCCGACACGUGAAACUCGUGCACAAGGAUUUGGUCCGAUCGACAUCCGGUUCGGUGAGCCGACACUCGCCGCCCCCUUCGCUCACACAGUCAUUACCCGCCGAUCGAGUGAAGAAGGAGUUCACCGACAACGAGGAGAACAGCCAUCAGUCGGCGCUGUCCAGCGAUCAGCAAAGCGCAGACGAGCACAUGUCGUCGUCGGCGGACGAGCCGCCCCUCAAGCCGUUACCGUUGAUUGUGUCGCCCAAUAGUAAGUCCGGUUCGUCGCCGCACAGCCACCGCAAGUCGAAGUGCGGCUCUCCGUUGAACAAUAUUCUGGUGAACUCACCGCUGAUGGCCGCCAAUCAACUGUUGCCGGCGCCCAACAAGAAGGUCGGUCCCAAAUACUGUCGAUCGUGUGAUAUAUCGUUCAACUAUUUGGCCUCUUUUAUAGCCCAUAAGAAGUAUUACUGUUCAUCACAUACUAACGAAUCCAACAUUCAAUCACACGAACAACAAUUGGCCCUCAAUUAACAUGUCGUCAAAAUGACACCAAAUAUUGUAGACUAACAUCACAUGCCAUUCAAAUUGUAUAUAUUAUUAAACCGCUAAUUAUGAUUACAAACACACAUAACGUUAUGACUAUUAGUGAUAAAUGUCUUUAAAGUCUUAUUUCGUGGCAUUUCAUUGACACCCAUUGUAUUCAACAAAAAAGUUUAUUUCAAAUUAAUAUAUAAGAUUCACACCAAAUAAAAAUGUUAUAUCAAUCAAAACUAUCAAAUGUACAUCAAUUCAUUGUUUGGACAGUAAUUAUACCGAUUUUACUGUAUUUAUGUGUUUUCAAAUAAUUAUAUAAUUUAUAGCCAUUUAGACACCAAACAAACAUUAUGGUUAUUUCAAUGUACAAAUUACUUUUUUUUAAAAAAUCCA